AUGGCAUCCUUUUUUGGUAGCUGUUCCAUGCUAGUUUCUCUUGUAUUCAUGUUCAUGUUGAUUGGUCCCUCGUUUGCUAAACAACAUACUAAGCUCAAGCAAAUAUGUUCUAAGACUAUUGAUCAGCAUGAGUGCAUAAAGCUUAUGAAAUCUAAUUCGCGUGCUUCAGAUGCUGAUAUUCGUGGCCUAACUGACAUUGCAAUUGACUUAGCAUCCUCCAAGGCUAGAGACAUUCUUAACUCACCUUAUGAUAAUAGAUUUGAAGGAUACACCUCAUUUAGAAGGUCAUGUAGCAACAAUUAUCUGAAUGCCAUUAGAGACCUUGAACAAACCAAGAAACUCUUCUAUGAUGGUGACUAUAAGCGCAUUGCGGUUCAAGUGAAUGAUGUUAAGGAAGACGUUCGUGAUUGCAAAAAUCAAUUUGAAAAUUCAGCAAAUUACUCAUCUUACAAAUCUGACCGCAAAAGAUGGAAUAAGGAAUUUGAAAUUCUUUGCGAUGUAAUCAAGGUCUCUUCUAAAUCAUUGUAUGACGAUUCAUAUUCUUCGUUUACCCGGCUUCCAUGA